CUACAAGUUUGUUACCUUAUGUUUAUUACUUUCUUGGCUGUGCCAAGGGGAGUGUUUACCGUCGCUGUUUUAGUUCAUGGCGAUAGAUUUUAACAUAAUAUCUGUUAUAUAUAUCUUCCUAAGUAUUAGGAAUUCCUCGAAUACUUAUUAUGUUGUGAUUUUUAACAUUUUGCGUUUUCAUAAAUUUGAUAUCCUUAAUUCAUAGUAUUUUAAUUUGAUCACAUUAUUAUUGUUAAAUCUAUUUUACUGUGAAUAUGAUGGGUGACAGUGACGAUGAUAAUAAACAAUAUGAUAUCACUAGUUUCCUUUUUGGUAAUAUUGAUGAAAGUGGGCAGUUGGAAGGUGAUGAAUUUCUUGAUAAUGAAACUAAAAGGCAUUUAUCAUCUUUGGCCAAAUUCGGUUUGGAUUCUGUUAUCAAUGAAAUUGUAGCUGAUGAAGAAGUAAUUGCUAAUGAACUACAUAAACAAGAUUUAAAUGGUGAUUUCGAUGAUUUAGAUUAUAGUGAAAGAAAAUCACCCUCAGCUGUUGACUAUUCAGAUAUAAAUGAAUGCAUUACAGAGGAAGUUGUAACAGAGACUCAAAUAAAAGAUGAGAGUAUGAGUGAUUAUGAUGCUGAUGAUGAAGGUUUAGGGGGUAAUAUAGAUAAUAAUUUGAUGCCUCCUCCCCCUGUGCCAUCAUUAAAACAUGAAAAUGAAACAGAGGCUGAGGCCGAAAGAAGAAGACUUGAAACUCCUCUUGCUGCAAUGCUUCCAUCUAAAUACUCAGGAGUUGAUGUGAGAGGAUUGUUUCCUGAUUUCCGUGUCGAUAAGGUUCUUAGAUUUUCACGGCUAUUUGGACCUGGAAAACCUAGUAGUUUACCUCAUAUUUGGCGAAGUGUGAGGAAGAGGCGAAGAAAAAAGAAACAUCAUGCCCAAGGUCAAAGUCAGAAUUCAGAUUCAGGCUCAGAUACCGAAUCUCCCAGAGUUAAACGAGGUUGGUCGUUUAAUUAUGCUACUGCACCUGCAGCGGAUCAAGUUCAGUCUGAUGACGAAGAAAAACUUUUAAGGCUGCUUGAAAACAAGGGACCAACGAAAAAAACAGAUAUUGGUGAAGCUGAUGAUAGUGGACCAAAGGUAGCUGAUUGGAGAUUUGGCCCAGCUCAAGUUUGGUAUGAUAUGUUGGAGGUACCAGAAACUGGUGAAGGAUUUAAUUAUGGUUUUAAACUAAAGGAAAAGAUUGAAGAUGGUGAAAGAAAUAAUACUGAAGAUGCUAAUGUUAAUUAUCCAGAAGAUGCAUUUUUAAUGGUUUCUCAGCUUCAUUGGGAAGAUGACGUUGUCUGGAAUGGUGAGGAUAUCAAACACAAGGUUUUACAAACACUUAAUAGUAAAACAAAUGCUGCUGGUUGGCUACCAAGUAGUGGAAACAGAACUGCUCAAGCUUUCAGUCAACCAGGAAAAGGAUUGCCUCACAUUUCAGGAAUGAGAGCACCUCCGACACAAAUGAAUAAUAGUAUUAAUCAACCUAACAAACAAGCGGCCAAACCUCCUGUGAAUAACACACCUAAUAAACCAAGAGUUGAAGAAAAUACUGAUGACACUUGGUAUUCUAUAUUUCCUGUCGAAAAUGAAGAACUUGUGUAUGGACAGUGGGAAGAUGAAGUGAUUUGGGAUCCUGAAUCCAUGAACAAUAUUCCUAAACCAAAGAUUCUUACAUUAGAUCCUAACGAUGAAAAUAUCAUACUUGGCAUUCCAAAUGACGUUGAUCCAGCCAAACAGAGGCUUGAAAAUGUUACACCUGUUAAAGUAAAAAUACCUCACCCGCAUGUUAAGAAGUCCAAAAUUUUACUUGGCAAAGCAGGUGUUAUUAAUGUCUUGGAAGAAGACUCACCCCCACCUACUCCAAAAUCUCCCGAUAGAGAUCCAUUCAACAUUUCAAAUGACAGCCACUAUCAGCCACGAAGUUCAGACACAGCGUUGAGGUUGAAAGUAAGUGGCGGCAACUUGAUCCAACAUUCAACUCCUGUUGUAGAAUUGCGCGCUCCAUUCGUGCAAACGCAUAUGGGCCCGAUUAGGCUUAGAAAUUUCCAUCGUCCUCCCAUGAAGAGGUUUUCUCAUGGGACACUUUCUCGACCUGGACCUCAUACAAUCAUACCUCUUCUGAAGCACAUAAAGAAAAAAGCCAAGUUAAGAGAACAGGAAAGAAUGGCUUCUGGUGGUGGGGAUGUUUUCUUUAUGAGGACUCCAGAAGAUUUAUCCGGUAAAGAUGGGGAUAUUAUUCUUUGUGAAUUUAUUGAAGAACAUCCACCGCUCAUUAACCAGGUUGGAAUGUGCACAAAGGUAAAAAAUUAUUACAAACGAAAAGCAGGCAAAGAUCCAGGCCCUCAGGAAUAUAAAUACGGUGAGGUUGCUUAUGCUCAUACAUCUCCUUUCCUGGGUGUAUUGCCUCCUGGAAAGUCAAUUCAAGCACUUGAAAAUAACAUGUAUAGAGCUCCGAUAUACGAACACAAAAUACCUAAUACAGAUUUUCUUAUCAUUAGAACCAGGCAACAGUACUAUAUUCGUGAGAUUGAUUCUCUAUUCGUGACUGGACAGCUUUGCCCCCUGUACGAAGUACCUGGCCCUAACUCGAAGAGAGCUAAUAAUUUUGUGAGAGACUUCCUUCAGGUUUUUAUCUAUCGUCUCUUUUGGAAAAGUAAUGAUACACCUAGACGUAUAAGGAUGGAUGAUAUUAAAAAGGCUUUUCCAUCUCAUUCGGAAAGUAGCAUUAGAAAAAGGCUGAAAUUAUGUGCUGAUUUCAAAAGAACAGGUAUGGAUUCAAACUGGUGGGUUAUAAAGCCAGAUUUCAGAUUACCAACGGAAGAGGAAAUCCGUGCCAUGGUUUCGCCUGAACAGUGCUGUGCUUAUUUCAGUAUGAUAUCUGCCGAGCAGAGGCUCAAGGAUGCAGGUUAUGGAGAAAAGUUUAUUUUCACCCAGCAAGAUGACGAUGAUGAAGAUUUGCAGUUAAAGAUGGAUGAUGAAGUAAAAGUUGCGCCUUGGAAUACUACUAGAGCUUAUAUUCAAGCCAUGAAAGGCAAAUGCCUCCUGCAGCUAACAGGACCCGCUGAUCCUACAGGCUGUGGUGAAGGUUUUUCUUAUGUCAGGAUGCCCAAUAAACCAGCUCUUAGUAAAGAGGAACAGGAAGCCCAACCAAAAAGGACUGUUACUGGAACAGAUGCCGAUCUUAGGAGGCUUUCUCUGAACAAUGCUAAAGCUCUACUGAGGAAGUUCGGUGUGCCAGAAGAAGAGAUAAAGAAAUUGUCCCGUUGGGAAGUUAUUGAUGUUGUACGUACUUUAUCUACUGAAAAAGCUAAGGCUGGAGAAGAGGGAAUGACUAAGUUCUCUCGUGGUAACAGGUUCUCUAUCGCUGAGCAUCAAGAAAGGUAUAAGGAAGAAUGCCAAAGGAUUUUUGACCUUCAGAAUAGGGUACUAUCGUCUUGUGAAGUACUUUCAACUGAUGAGGGAGAGAGUUCCGAUGAAGACAGUUCUGAUAUUGAGGAAAUGGGCAAAAAUAUUGAGAACAUGUUGGCCAAUAAAAAGACUAGUACACAGUUAACACUUGAAAAAGAAGAACAGGAAAGGCAUGAGCUUAGGAAGAUGUUGCUAGGUGAAAAUAGCGAACAAGAUCCUCGAAAGAAAGAUAAGAAAAAGGAAGAAGAAGAAAGUUUUUCCUCUAGCAAUGUGAUUAAUCAGCCUGGUCGUGUUUUGAAAAUUUAUAGAACAUUUAGAGAUUCGGAAGGGAAAGAAUACACUCGGUCAGAGGUCGUUAGAAAGCCUGCGGUUAUCGAUAUGUAUUUGAAGAUUAGGAACACAAAGGACGAAGCAUUUAUUAGGCACUACGCAACUAUGGAUGACCAGCUGAAGGAAGAGAUGAAACGGGAAAAGAGAAGGCUCCAAGAGCAGCUGAGGAGGCUUAAGAGAAAUCAAGAACGGGAAAGGAUCACUGGUUCCAGUAGUGGAUUAUUCAACAAAACUCAAUCACCUUUCUCUUUGUUGUCUACUCAAACUCUUGAAGGAGGUGAAACCAGAGAUGGCUCACAAUCUCCGACACCCAAGUCUGGGUUCGUUAAGAAUCGUCUACCGCCUCUUACUAACCCUACGACUCCUCCCACUCCCAGAAGGAGGAAACCGAGUAAAAUGAAACCCGAUGUUAAAUUGAAAUGCGGAGCUUGUGGUCAGGUUGGCCAUAUGAGGACAAACAAAGCAUGCCCAAUGUAUUCAGGUACGGAUAAACCACUUCCUUCAAUGAGCGUCGCUCUUACGGAAGAACAGGAGGAAGAGUUUGAAAAACAAUUAAAUACGGAAGAUGAAGAUUUAGUAAAUGUUGAAGGGACCAAAGUCAAACUAUCAUCUAAACUUCUUAAGCAUGCGGAGGAAAUCAAGAGAAGAGCACUCUUAUUGAAAGUUCCUAAAGAAGCUAUGAAUGCCCGUAAGAAGCGUAAGUCAUCCGAUGUGCACUGUGAUUACCUGAAGAGGCAGCAGCGACCGGCGAAUCGCAGGAGGACCGAUCCAGUUGUUGUCCUUUCGACCACCUUAGAGUCUAUUCUCAACGAAAUGAGAGAUCUGCCCGACGUUCAACCCUUCCUCUUCCCUGUCAAUGCAAAGGUUGUUCCAGAUUAUUAUAAAAUAAUCCAGAGACCAAUGGAUUUGCAAACGAUUAGGGAUAAUCUUCGUCAGAAGAAAUAUCAGAGCAGGGAAGAAUUUUUGGCCGAUGUUAAUCAGAUUGUCGAGAAUUCUACUCUUUAUAAUGGAGGAAAGAGCUCACUGACACUUGCAGCAAAGAAGAUGAUGAACGUGUGCAUUGAAAGGCUCGGUGAGAAAGAGGAGAGACUAAUGAGACUCGAGAAGGCUAUUAAUCCACUGUUGGACGAUAACGACCAAGUUGCUUUCACGUUCAUUCUCGACAAUGUUGUAAAUAACAAAUUGAAAACAAUGGCUGAAUCGUGGCCGUUUGUCAAACCUGUCAAUAAGAAAGUGGUCAAGGAUUAUUACUUGAUUGUCAAAGAACCGAUGGAUUUGGAAACCAUUGAAAGAAAAGUUAAAUCACAUAAAUAUCAUUCAAGAAAAGAAUUUUUGGACGAUGUUGAAAAAAUAUUAAACAAUUGCAUUUUAUACAAUGGCAAGGAGUCUCCAUUUACUCAGAAAGCUGAAGCUCUUGUCAAAGCUGCGAGGCAGACCUUAGAGGAAUACGACGAGCACUUGACUCAAUUAGAACACAGUAUUAGUCUUGCUCAAGAGAGAGCGCUCGAACAGGCAGAGAUGGACUCCCUUGGUCCUUGGCAACACGAUGAAGAGGGUCAAGAAGGAGACAUGAACUCCACCAUCAAUGAAGAAUACGAAUUCAUUGAAGUUGAAACACCAUCUGGUAGGGAAAUGAGGAAAAUCAAAAAAGAAGCAGUCGAGGGAGGAGUUUUGGAGGAGGAUUUGCAGUUUUCUUCAGAAGAAGAUGAAGAACUUGAAGAGGUCGCUGGGUAUGAAGGAGGUCCUGAUGAUGACAGCCAGCAGGUUGCAGAAGCCAUGGUACAAUUGGGCAACAUUGCUUAUUAUGCAGAGCCAGCACCAGAUGCUGCUAUGGAGGAAAGUGAAAGUAUGGAUGUGGACCCUAACUAUGAUCCAUCCGACUUCUUGGGGGGCUUGAAGAGAACCGGGGAAGAAACAAGAGUCGAGGAAGAUCUUGCCGUUAGUGAAUCGGACGAUGAAAUGCACGUAGAUAUAAAACAGGAAAUGCUUCAGGUGAAAAAUGAGCCUCAUCACAAUGAGCUCCCGUCCGAACCUGAUGAUGAUGGUGCAUUGUGGUUCUAAACUUAAUCGUUGAAAAAUAUUUUGGUUUAGAAUGAUUAGAGAUUCAGAACUAAACAUUCAAACUAAGCUGUUCUCUAUGCUACAAACAUUGCCUGUUUUUUAUUUUUAUAUUGUUUGUCAGGGUAAGAUAUACAAAAUAGUUAUGAUCUAUGGAAUGAAGAAUUGCCUGUUCCUUAGACUUACAGAUUGUAAAUUUCAUUUUGUAAAUAGGCUGUAUAUAAAGUUUGUAAAUAAAUUAUGUACGUAUUCAUAUUCUAGUUUAUGUUGAAAACAAACAAAGAGUUAUAUUGUUUGAUCUCCAUAUUUUUUCUUUCUAAAUUAAUAUAAUUGUGAGAUGAAAUAAUUCUUAAUAAAGUAACUAUAAAUGAAUGAAUUCCAGAAGAAUAUUGUGAAAUAUUUUAUUUUUAUGCCCUAUGGGUUUAAAUUUUAUUUUAUUGUUGUAUAAUAAAGCCUAUAUUUUGUUCAG